AUGGGGGAAUGGAAGAACAACAUGCUGGCGGUGGCGGACUGGCUGGUGGUGGUGGACUCGCUGAGCAUCGCGGACAGCUCUCAGGGGGUCCGCUACCGGGCCCUGCGGGUCCUCUACCACCCGCGCUUCAACAGACACAACAACGACUAUGACGUGGGCCUCCUGCGCACCGUCACCGACAUGGACAUGAACGGUGGGGCGCGACCGGUCUGUUUACCCGGUCCGAGCGAGUCCUUUCCUCACGGAGCGGCCUGUUGGAUCACCGGCUGGGGAUUUACUUAUGAGGGAGGCUCUGUGUCAGACGAGCUGCGGCAGGCUCAGGUCAAGGUGAUAGCCCAACCCGCCUGCUCCCACCCGAGCGUCUACGGCAUGUACCUAACCCCCCGGAUGCUUUGUGCUGGCACCAUGGGCGGAGGCGUGGACUCCUGCCAGGGAGACAGUGGUGGACCCCUGGUGUGUGAGACGGCCAGUGGGGACUGGAGGCUGGCAGGGGUGGUGAGCUGGGGAGAGGGCUGUGGGCGCCCCAAUAAACCCGGCGUGUACAGCAGAGUGACUCAACUCGUCACCUGGGUUCAAAGAUAUAUGGAGGACAAACCAGAGGAAUUGGAGACCACAACGGCAAUUACCGACACCUUACAAGAACCUGGCACUUAGAACUGAGACAAUUGAACAAUAAAGAAUAAAAUCGCCUGUA